AUACAGGCUAAGUAAUUACGUACUAAUCAGCUUACGGAGAGACUGUAGUCCAAAACCUCAUGCUGAGGAAAAGGCCAGAUUUGGAUCGAGAAGACAGAGAUGGAAAUACUGUUUUGACAACACAGCUAUUUGAAGAAGGCAUGAGGGAAGUGAACCCUUCAUUCUUGAAUAUCUGUGACUGGAUUUUUCUUAAAUAAUUUAUGGAGGAUAUGCUUUAAUUGCAGUGCAAAAUGUUUUUAACAACAGUAUUACUGCGGAAGAGAAUUCCUGGGAAACAAUGGAUUGGGAAGUACAGGCGACCAAGAGAGGUUACCAUUUCAAUGAAGCAAGCAAUGAUCCGAAGGUUGGAAAUUGAAGCAGAGAAUGAAUAUUGGCUCAGCCGGCCUUACCUGACACAGGAACAGGAAUACAAACACAACACUGAAGAGAGACGUGCCAAGUGGGAAGCUUUCAAAAGCCUGAAACAAGCCAAGUUUCCUGAGCACAGAUAUAUCAGCGAUCAUUUAAACCACUUAAAUGUGACAAAGAAGUGGACAUGUUGAAUAAUACAGCAUAUUUAUAUUUGGUAGAUGUUGUGCACUACCCUGGGAUCUGCUCUCAUACCUAUUAUGGUAUUUCACCAUAAUUAGGGUGGGUGACAAAUAAGAUGUUGCUUUGGUGUACAAAAUACUACAUUAAAAAUAGUCCUCUGGAA